AUGUAUUCCAAAACGAAACGUUCUUCGUGCAACAAUCAAAUAACGAUUCAUAGUUUGAGUAAUAUAACUGAUGAGUUACGGCGAAAACACGAGUUCGACAGACGUUUCAAUGCUAUACGACUUGAUCGGCAAAGUUUCAACACAUGUAAUCAACGCAAAGCAAUUCUGCCUCGUGCUCCACCAGUGACUCUCUACGAAAAGUCAACUUCUAUCGAUGAACUCCUGCAUAAACAAACAGGAAUCUACGGUCCAUAUGUUCAAUUAGCUGAAAAUCGUCAUCGUCAUCGGGCAUUUCCAAGUUGGUACAAAGGACCUGGUCAUUUUCAAGAGAAAUCAAUUCUUGAAUCUCUCUUUACACGAUCGAGUCGUUACAAAGGAAAAUUUCUACCUCUGCCGAAGGAGAAUGCGAGUCAUUCAAAACCCUCUCCGGGUCCAACAACUUAUUUUAAAGAGUUUCCUUCUUCAUCGACUAAUGACAAGAAGAACAAUUCAUUCAUCGGUUUUCUCUCUUCAACAGAACGAUUUCCUCAAAGAAAAACUUCAUUCUUACAUCUCGGUCCAGCUUCGUAUAACUCACAUACUUGUUCUCACGCAUUGAAAUUGUACAGAAUAAACAAACCGAAAGAAGAAAAAAAAACUCUUUCAAAAAGCCAAUUCUCGACGAGAACACACGGAUCAUCAUGUGUAACAUUUGUUUUCACUAUUUUCCCAUUGUAUUUCUUGAAGAACAGCUGA